AAGAGUGAUAAUUAACUUAACAUGAAACUUGAUUAAUUAAAAUGGACUAACCAAGCCGAGCCAAUUAAUGUAAACCCUAAAACCCCGGCUCCGAUUUCGAUAUUUUAGAUAAGCUCGAAUAUCGAAAUUGCCACUAUAGGGUCCAUUUUAGUCUUCAUUCAAGUCUAGCGCAGCUUUGUGUCGUGUCGUGUUUUCGCAAACCAGAAAAACCAACUUCAAACGAGAGCUUCUUCCGAUUCAUCAUUCUUCUUCUGCUAUGGCUAAUAAUAAUCGCCACACGAUUAUUCUAAUCCAAACAUCUCAUAACAGAGCAACCAGAACUUUCAAGGAUUAUAACACAGUAUCUCUAGCUAUGGAUGGCAUAUGUGCAAUGUAUGAAAGAAAGCUGAAGGAGUUGAAUCCAGCCGUCAGAAAUCUCUCUUAUGAUAUUACGGAUCUCUACAACUUCAUAGACGGUCUUGCUGACAUGAGUGCUCUAGUUUAUGACAGUUCAAUUCUUGCUUACUUGCCGUAUGACCGAGAGUGGAUUAAGCAACAGACGUUUCAACAUUUGAAGAAAUUGGCUCAUUGAUUGAACCCAAAGUUUUAGCAAUUAGAUGUAUAAAGAAAAUCACCCAGAGGGAGAACUUAUCUGUUAUGUGGGCUAUCCUUUGAUGGCUAUGUUACUUAAUAUUAUUAUUGCACAUACUGUUGGUGCGUUUUAUAUAAUAGCUAGUGCCAGCGAAGUUUCGGAAACAAGCGAUUUAAACCGGGCUUGUUUUAUCCUUGUCAAGUGUUCUAUAUCUAGAAGACUCGGCCUUGUUAAAAAAUCUUCAUCUUGUACUAUAUAAUAAUAAUAAGUUGCACUGUUUGUUUA